CUAUCGUCAAUCAAUGCAUCUAUUGUCAAGCCUUAUUAUGAAUAUACAAGUACCAGCUCCCUUCCCCAGACGAAGGGAGCCUGAAUUUUCGCCCGGGACAUCUGCUACAAGGAUCGCUCCCAGGCUCUUGGAAAGGAGGGCAUCACGAACACAAUUAACUACCAGGUGCGCGACGGUUGCUACUCCUCCACCAAGAACGGCUCCCCGCAGCCGGACUUUGUCACCGCAACGGACGACGGCAUUUGCCGCAAGUCCCAGCCAUGCAUGGAACAUCACGGGGGUUUUGGACGCCCGGUACAGAACCUACAAGCACGCUUCAUGUGUAGUAACUUUGCCCCCCUACUCCCACUGCAAAUACCUGCAAGGCCAAAAUCAGCCCCACCGCGGCAUCAAGUAUGUCCGCGGCUCUGACGGCAACAGCUUGUCUCGCUGCGUCGCCCAAAGUGAUCGGUCCGGCCGCCAAAAAUGCAGCCACUAGGGCACAAUUUCCAGUCGGAGGGUGUGGUUAUCAGUGGUGAUUGGGUGGUUUGUAAGUUCUUGCAUGGCUUCGGAUUUUUGUGAUAUUUAAAUUCCCCGGGCCAAGUGACCGACGAAAUUUUUGAUACGCCAGGCUAAGGAGGUUUCCAGGUAACUAGCUGUAAUCUAAAGACACUCACCAAUGGACGGAACAAGCGGACUGUGCUAGGUAAGCACUAUAUCCA